AUGGAGAACCUUCCCGAAGACUUCUGGGCCACUUCUGGCGCUUAUACGCCUCACAUCUAUCGAGAUCAGUAUCCAUCCAUCGACCCUACGACAGCAUCACUCUCUCAGGCCGGUAAGGUCAUCAUCAUUACUGGAGCCAGCUCCGGUAUCGGGGCCCGAGGCUUUGCACCGGCAUUUGCAAAGGCUGGCGCAAAGGCUUUGGUCCUGGUUGCUCGCAACCAAACCAAGUUGAAGGAGACCGCCAGUACGAUUCAAGCCAUCAAUCCUGCCGUCGAGACGUCCGUAUUCGCAGCAGAUGUAUCCGAGGAAAGCGAAGUGGCUAAGUUGUAUGAGGUGGUCAAAGCUAGGUACGGACAUGCAGAUGUCUUGAUCAAUAAUGCAGGGGCCUUCAACCAGGAAUCGCCCAUUAUCGCUGCAAAUCCGAGCAAGUGGUGGGCGGACUUCGAGGUUAACGUCAAGGGUGUUUUUCUCAUGGCCAAAUAUUUUCUCGAUCUCUUGGGGAAAGGGAGGGAGGGAACUGUUAUUACCAUGAAUACUGGCCUCGCUACCGUGGUGGUCCCUGGCCAGAGUGCAUAUUCGAUAUCGAAGAUGGCCAGCUUGCGAAUCACUGAAUUUCUGGCGGCCGAAAAUCCCAACGUGAGCGCGGUGUCAUUGCAGCCUGGUGUCGUCAAGACGGACAUGGUAACCGAGAGUUUCCAGCGUUUUGCCCAGGAUACCCCCGAGUUGGUGGGCGGUACGGGAGUGUGGUUGGCUACCGACUCAGCAAGAUUCCUCAGCGGUCGCUUCGUGUCUGCGAACUGGAGUGUCGAUGAUCUAAAGAUGCAGAUGAAUGAAUUAGUUUCCGGGAAUGACUUGAAAAUGGUACUUCAUGGAAAGUUCGGACUAGAUCCGACUAGGCCCCAAGGAGAAUGA